AUGCUUGAAUAGUAAUCCAAGGCAAGAGAAUAUUUACGCCUGAUUUUAAAUAUUACAAUCUCUUCACUCUUUGCAGUAUUGGAACAACUCUUAUGUAAUAUUUAGGGGACUCUGAUUUGGGAUCUAGUUUUUAUCCCUUGUGGGAUUAUAUUCUCAUUAAUACACAUAACUUCAUACUUUCAUUGGAAUAAAGGUGAUUUAUCUUCCUUUUUUUUUUGGGCACUGUUUAUGAAGAGAGUAUUUCUCUUUGGAAUUAAUUAAGGAGAAUUUGUAUUCUUUUUAUUUGGAUUAUUAAAUGGAAUUUACACGAACAAAUUAAAUGUUAAUGACAAGAAAAAGUACUAUUGGAAAUCUAAAACCAUUGUUUAGGUUCUAGUGAUAUUCGUGUUGACUAUCAUCAAUUUAAUGAAAGAAUUGAGGGAAUAUAACAAUGCUCACAUUUCAAUCUUCAUUAUUCUUACAAUAAUCUUAGGUGUAAAUGAUAAUAUAGAUAUUUAAAAUUAAACUACUACAAAGUAAGAAGAAUUUCAAACAGAUUUGAAGCAUAAUUAAUUUGAAAUUAAGAAAUGUCAAACAACCAUAUUUUAAAUGUAGUAGUAAUAGUAAUAACAAAAAUCAAACUGGGAAUAAUACUAAUAAUAAACAGAUGAGUGGAUAUGCAAAAUAGAUUUGAAUAGGUAUUCAAUAUUAGAAAGUUUAAAUUCUUGCGAAUAAAAUUAUGCAUUAAGAAAAUCUUUAGGAGAUUAUAAAAUAUCGAUUUAACAGCUAUUUCAAAAUUUGAUGAUUACAAGUUAAUCUACUAAUUUAUAGCAAUCAAUUAAUCUCUGGUCAGAAAUUGUGGAGACAAACUCAUUAUAGAGUUGGUUAGAAAAAAACUUCUUUUCUGAUAGUUCAGCUUCAAAAUUGGAAUAGGCAAAGUAAAAAUAAUAUAGAUAUGGUAUGGAUGGGAUUUAGGGGAUGCAGGAGGAUCAAAUAUCAAUAAUAUCACCCUAGAAUGAAGGCAAAGGCACAUUUAACAAUAAAGAUCAAAUUCAUGAACUUUCUGGAUUGUCAGCCUUUUAACAACAUGGUGAUAUGCAAGGAUCGAAUUCAGUUUUAUUUAAUAAGACUACUUUAGGUUGUUAUUUUCAGACCAAUUAGAUAAGGAUUGAAAUGAGUGCUUCGAUAUUUUUGAUGGAUGAUGAAUUUGACAAUAAGAAAUAGAUUAUAAUUUUGGUACUGAGAAAUAUUGACAAAUAAAUAACAAAGAUUAAAACUAGUUUAGAGAAAACUGAACAAUAGAGGAUUGUAUUUUAUAAAUAUAUAAACAGAGUAGCUGAUGAUGUAUCUCAGAUAUUAUAAUAAAUAGUGCAAAUAAAAAAGGUUUUAGAUUAGCGAUAAAAAGAAUUUGAUAAGAUAAAGCAAAAUAACUUCAUUACUUUAUCUUUCUGCGACGGUGAUGCAUUUAUAAAGUCUGAAAAAUAGAUAGGUGAAAUGAAACUGUCAUAAAAACUAAGCAUACCUAUUUAAUCACCUGUUUAAUCUGCAUUUCAAAGAGUGACCUCUUCUUUAAGUUAACAACAUGAUAUUUAGGAGGAGUAGAUUUAAAAAUUGCACACUAUUUCAUAACCGUAUGAAUUAACGAAGCAAAUAGAGAAAUGGUAAUUCAAUGUGCUAUAGAUGGAACAGAAUAAUUUUAAUUUUUUUGAGUUAUUUUCAUUAAGUGAAUACAAAACAGAUAGAUUUAAUUUUAGUACCAGUUUGAACAUAGUGAAGGAUUUGUUUAAGGAUGAUAGUUGUGUAGUUAAACAUAAUAUUAUGAUAUCUCAAGUAUUGAAAAAUGAGAACGAGAUGGAAUUGACUUCAGACAAAAGAAGAGUUAAACAAUUGCUUAUCAAUAUAAUUAAGAAUUCAAUUUAAUGUUUUGAUUAUAACAUUUCGAAAGGGAAAUCAGAGUUUCUGCAAUAAAUGAGAAUUGAAUAAAAGUAAGAAACCAUUCACUAAGAAUUAAAGGUCUAAAAUACGAUCAUAAUCAAGUCUUGGGCAGACGACGAGAAAAUAACAGUAGAAAUAACUGAUAAUGGUGGAGGGAUUAAUUAAGAAAUGCUCAAAAAUAGGACCUAGGAUUGUAAAUUAGGAUUAUAGGCAUGUUAGAAGAUCCUAAAAAACCUCUCUCAUGACCCAAGGAAACCUUUGGAGAUCAUCAAUUAUAUGAAAACCAAAAAUGGAAUCAAGGGUACUGUUGUCUAAUUUACUCUAUCGAAAUAGUUUGUGCCCACCCAAUCAAGCGAAGAAAAUGUGUUCUCAGAUUCAUUGACUAUUAACAACAAAGUUGAAUUGAAUUGA